CCCUCUGACUGAAGUUUCCCCUUCCACGAUGACCCAUUUGCACCUCCAUUCACCUCAAUCCUCUGGCGCUAGACAUCCCGUCUUCUGCUGAGUCUGCCUCGCUUGGGGCAAAAAGCUACCGUACUGUGGUAUAAGUUACUAUGACAAAUGCAGCCUUGUCUGCGGUAUAUAGUCGCCUCUCCGAUCGUCUGAGGGGUGGGAUCCAUCUUUUCCUGCAGACCAUAGUCCACUGAUCCAUCUUCAAUGGCGGCCGCUCUUUCGUCCAUGGAUCUGUCUCAGACUCCGGCGGGAACCCCACCCGCCGGGGUCACUCCCGAUCUAUACGGCAAUCCCCCCUCCUUGCAGUCCACCAUCAAGGGCUUUUGUGCCCUCUUCUAUGUGGUGACGACGGUGGUCGUCUCCCUGCGAAUGUAUUCCGUCUUUCGGAGCGCGCAAAAGGUGGCUGCCGACGAUGUUCUGUGCCUACUUGCCGUGGUCUGUACUUUUGCCUAUAUGGCGUUCCUGAUCCACUUAAGCUACGCGGCUCGACACAUGUGGGACGUCCCCCUCUCCUGGCUGUACAGCGAUCCGGAAUACUGGAAACUGCGGCUGGCGCAGAACCUGUUCAACCCGCUGGCGUUUUUCUUCUCGCGGGCCCCGGUGUUUGUGCUCUACCGGCGGCUUUUCGACGCUCCCCUCCACCGCAACUUCUCCAAGGCGUGCUGGGCGGGGCUGGGGGCGGCCUUCUUGCUGUACAUGCAUACCUUCCCGCUCACGGCCAUCGUGUGUGCCCCGCGCCCCGGCCACUCGUUCAUUGACACCGACACCUUCAACCGGUGCAGCAAGGCCCUGCCGGAUGCGAUUGUGCAGGGGGCAGGCAACAUUCUGCUGGACGCCUACGCGCUGAUCCUGCCGCAGCCCAUCAUCUGGAAAUUGAAGCUGUCGCUGCAGAAGAAGUUGAAUAUCGCCUUGGUGUUUGGCGUGGGUAGCAUUGCCUUGAUAGCCAGCUGCAUCAGCAUGUAUUAUCGCGUCCAACUCAAAGUGGGGACCGACACGGAUUGGAAUGAAGGUGCAUACGACGUUACCUCGACUGGACCACGACAGGACGGUGGAGCUCAACAUUGCGAUCAUCUGCAGUUGUGCGCCCGGGGUGUGGCGUCUGAUCCGCCGCGGGAAGGAGUCCAACAAGACGAAUAGCAGCGGCGGGAAUAACAAUAACAGCAGCAACAGCAGCAGCAACACCACCGACAAUCCCAAUAGGACGAACGGCAGGCGGGGCCGCGGCCGCGGCCGGUCGGGCUUCUUUGCUUAUUU